AAUGCGUCCACGCUGUAAGGAAAACCCGUGACAUUGUAAACAAAUACUGAAAUCUGAAUCGAAAACACAAUGACAGUACGCCUACUUGAUGUAGUUAAUAUAAAAACAUAUUUCGAAAUAGAUAGAGGACGUUGACCAUUACAGUCGGCCGAACAACGGACUUUCUGGCAGGAGUCGGGUGUUUUACCUUAUCAACACUUUAUAGACAAAAGACUCGGUUAUUAUUUGUUCAACCUUCCACCGUUGCAAGGUUCAGCGGCCCUGUCAAACCCCUACGGAGAAAGAUAGCGACCCAAGGCAGACAAUGCAGGGUUAAGUGUUUCCACGAAGGCACCUAUAGGUUCUACGGAAAGAAUAAUGCAAAUGAGUCGUCCACUUGACCCAUCAAAGAUAUUGUUGUUGUUUACCAGAAGUUUCACUUAAACAGCGGUUGUUUCCUGCUAGCAUGAGAAUGACGUUCAAACGGGGAGUCGUUGGUGGUCUAAUGACUGUGACGGCAUUUGUUGGUCUUUAUUUGGGAUUUUUCAACCACCCACCGCCUUCCGACACACUGGAGGCGAAUGCGCACCAUCACGGCGAAACGGGCGGGAAAGUGGGCCCGCCCAAAUUUGCAGAUUUCGGCCCUCCGCCGAAACAGUCCGACGGAUUCAUCCGAAGUAUCCAAUUGCACAAUAACACGGCGAAGCGGACCAAUGGCAAAGCCUCGCGGAACCACCCUGCUGUUCAGGCUGCUGAUAGGCCUAUAUUAGCUGUCACUGCGGGGGUUCAACAUGCUGACAACGGUGGGAAAGACAACCCAGAGACCGUAUUGGGCGAUACCAAGAAAGUCGACUUUGAUUUGUCGAAACAAGAUGACGAAAAAGUCGAAGUGAAAAAUGACAUCGCAUCUGGGGAAACGUCAUCUGAAACUAAACAUGUCGCUGUUGUCAACGACGUCAACGACCAACCAAACGCAAAGGAAGAUGAAGUCAAAAGUGAGGCCAUUAAGAAAGAUGGCAAGGCAUUAGCCGUUAGAGACCACAAAAUUCCAAAGAUUGAUUGGGACCUGUGGAUGAAGGAUAACGGUUUUGUAGACAUCGGAACUCUUUGGGGGUAUUGUGAUGAUUCUGACCCACCGGUGAUCGGGAAAGUCUUACUCAUGAAAGACGAGGACAGGGGAGGACUGAAGAUUGUGGUUGUUAUGAACACCACAUUCGAUGAGCCAGUGGAGUACGGCUCCAUCUUUGUAUCUGUGAUGUAUGGAGAAAUGAGCUUCUAUGAGAAGGACAUGGAUAUCUGCACGCUGUAUGACGACGAUGAGCCAGACCCGGACGAGGAGAGAGACACAUUUUUUGACUGCCCAAUGGAAGAAGGAAACAAGUACUACAUAAAGGAACUCCAUGUUCCAUUUUUCGUUCCCAGUGGCCAUUUUAGGGCGAAAGCAAAACUAACAGACCAGGCGGGUACAACCGUCCUCUGUGCGUCGGCUGAUAUGACGUUAUGAGCGAAUGGAAACUGUGAUUAAAUUUCAGAACAAACAAACUUCUCAACAGAGAGACAUCGUCCAGCCUUCUCCAUGCAUCACCAUAACUUACAAAAGUAAAAUCAUUACAUGUACAACGUCAUAAACAUUAAUAUAAUCUGUCUGUUUAGAUCAUUAUGAUUCUGAAUGAUCUUUAGGGGAACAAAAUUUGAUGAUGAAUGAGUGGACGAAAAGUGCAAAAUGUAGAAAUAGCUCUGUGAAGUUUAGAUUGUUGGUGAUUUAUGUGCAAUGAAGAGGGGUAUAACUGUACAAUGGAAACAUCAAUAAAUGAUAUUUUGUUUGUAACAGUGCAGUAAAUAUUUUAAGAAAAGGGGAACAUUACAAACCAGAUGGGUCUUUUUCUCGCGUAUGUCGCGAACAAAACUUUUCAGGAAAGCUGUAAAGCCGCCACUCUCUAUAGUGGCCUCGUCCACUUCCAUCAGCCCAGGGAUGCCAUUUUGGUGGUUUAAACAGGAGGCAGGUUGUGAUGGAGUAGAACAAGUGAUGAGUGAGGAUUUUUGAUCUUUGAAGAUCUAGGUUCAUGAUAAUAUUUCAAAGUAAAUUCCGUGUGAUAGUUACGAGGUAUAUAGCCUAUAUGUAAGUUCAUUCCCACGCAUUAUGCAAUGCAGAAAAUAAUAUUGUACAUUGUGGUGUUCGAUUAUGUGGUAUCUGCCCCUUCCUGUAGACCUUUAUUAUGGUGCGGCCAUCUUGAUUUUCGCCCAUAAAACUCUGUGUUACCAGACCGAGGCUGGAAGGAAAAAUAGUCUGGUUCCUUCUUGUGCGAUGACUGUUAGCAUUCAUAACUGGUACCUGAUACAGGGAACAAUACCAAGAUGGUGGCUGCAUGAUACGGGUCGAUUGGUCUUCAAUUUGCUCUGGAAAUCUCAUGAAAAGAGGAAAAGAGUGUGUUCAAGCACCGAGGAAUAAUUUAUUCCUCCGGGCCACAUAGUUAUGAUAUGGAUCCCUCUGGGUGUCUCUGUCAUUAUUGACAAAAUGAGAGAAAGUAAUUUAAUUUGAAGUCUGUGAAGUUAUGAAUGGUAUAGCCACUGAGUGUUGCCCAAGUUUACCAUUAAGUAUUACCGACUGUGUCUUACGAUGGUUCUACAGUCUGUGCGGGGUGUUAAUUUCAUGGACACUAAGAAAUGCAAGUGAUUGCAGUUUCAUUUAACACCUAAAUGUUUGUUAUAGUGUUGUAUUUUGUCUGAAUUUGUACUUUUGUAAUGUAUUUUGUUACGAAUGAAUGAUAAUGAGUGGCCUUAAAGGCAGUGGACGCUAUUAUUGGUAAUAACUUAAAAUAAUUGUGAUAAUAAAACCUUACUUGAUUAAUUUCAUUAUGAGUAGUGGGAAGAGGCUGUAAGAAUAAAACAUUGUCAUGAUCUCGAGAAACGGCUCCCUCUGAAGUAACGUGAGUUUUGGAGAAACAAGUAUUU